AUGGCAUUCGAAGACUCAGAUGCAGACAAAAAUGUGGAGAUUUGGAAGGUGAAGAAAUUGAUUAAGAACUUGGAACAGGCAAAGGGUAACGGUACCUCAAUGAUCUCAUUGAUUAUGCCUCCUAGGACUCAAAUUUCAAUUACACAGAAGAUGUUAACGGAUGAAUAUGGUACCGCAUCAAAUAUCAAGUCGCGAGUGAAUAGAUUAUCGGUCUUGUCGGCUAUUACUUCAACACAGCAGAAGUUGAAGUUAUACAGUACUGUGCCCAAAAAUGGUUUAGUCAUAUACUGUGGUGAAGUUCUCACAUCGGAGGGAAAAGAAAAGAAGCUCACUAUAUCUUUUGAGCCAUUCAAGCCAAUUAACACAUCCUUGUACUUGUGUGAUAACAAGUUCCAUACGGAGCCACUUUCUGAAUUGCUGGAGAGUGAUGAUAAGUUUGGUUUCAUUAUCAUGGAUGGUAACGGAGCAUUAUUUGGUACCGUUUCUGGUAACACCAGAGAGGUUUUGCAUAAAUUUACCGUUGAUCUUCCAAAGAAGCAUGGAAGAGGUGGUCAAUCUGCUGUUCGUUUUGCCAGAUUAAGGAUGGAGAAGAGACAUAAUUAUAUUAGAAAGGUUGCCGAGGUUGCCGUUCAAAACUUCAUCACUAACGAUAAAGUCAAUGUUGCCGGUUUGAUUCUUGCCGGUUCGGCCGAUUUCAAGAAUGAGUUGAAUAGAUCUGAUUUGUUCGAUCCAAGAUUACAGGAUAAAGUUAUCAAGAUUGUCGAUGUUUCUUACGGAGGUGAGAAUGGUUUCAACCAGGCCAUUGAACUUUCGGCAGAGACAUUGUCUAAUGUCAAGUUUAUUCAGGAGAAGAAACUUAUCAACAGCUUUUUCGAUGAAAUUUCGCAGGAUACUGGUAAAUUCUGUUAUGGUAUCGAUGAUACAUUAAAGGCGCUGGAGUUGGGUGCAUGCGAUGUGAUCAUUGUCUGGGAAGGAUUGACAACCGUCAGAUACACUUUGAAGAAUGCUGACGGAGAAGAAGUCAUUAAGAACAUUAAUCCAGAUACUCCAAAAGACGAAUUUUUGAAAGAUUCGGAUGGAUCUGAAAUGGAAAUCGUGAGCGAGAAGCCUUUCUUAGAGUGGCUCGCAGAGAGUUAUAAAGAUUAUGGUACAACCUUGGAGUUUGUUACUGACCGUUCUUCAGAAGGUGCCCAAUUUGUUAAAGGUUUCGGUGGUAUUGGUGCUAUGUUGAGAUAUAAGGUCAACUUUGAGCAGUUGAUAUCUGAUGACGAGUACUACAGCGAUAGUGAUAGUGAUGAAUAUGGAUUUUAA